UUUCAGUUGACGUUAGAAUAUCCCGAUCAUUUAACCCAGAGUGAAAAUAAGAGGAAAACAGUAAGGCCGAGUAGCUGAAGCCCGCCUGUAGUCCAUACGGAGAUAUUUUCCAACCACGGAUUCUAAAGUGGAGAACGUUUUUUCACCGCUACCCUUGCAUUUCUUUAAAAAAGAAAUGGAAGAGAGCUCAAGUUCUCCCGUCUCCCCAGUGGAUAGCUUAGUGACCAGCGAGGAGGAGUUGGACAGACAACAGAAAAGGUUUGGAAGGAAGAGGAGACACAGUAAAAAAUUGAGCGAGGACGGCAGCCCAGGUUCCGUUAAGCGGGGCAAGAAAGCGAGCCCGAGCAGCGCGCAGUCCUACGAGGAGCUGCAGAAUCAGAGGGUUCUGGCGAACGUCAGGGAGCGGCAGAGGACGCAGUCGCUGAACGAAGCCUUCGCGUCCUUGCGGAAAAUCAUACCCACGCUACCGUCGGACAAACUCAGCAAGAUACAGACUCUGAAGCUGGCGUCGCGGUACAUUGACUUCCUCUAUCAGGUCCUGCAGAGUGACGAGAUGGACAACAAGAUGUCAAGCUGCAGCUACGUUGCGCACGAAAGACUCAGUUACGCUUUCUCAGUGUGGCGGAUGGAAGGCGCAUGGUCAAUGUCUACAUCCCACUAGCAACGACGACAUUCUGUAAUGCCAAAGGGACUGUUUACUUCUACAAAGUCUGAAGGCGCG